UCACCAUCACCGGGCGUUUCCGUCACCGUCGGUUACCUCUCCGGGAUAAAGCCAGGGCUAAAAGGACCGUCAAUGGUGACGGGAGGAUUGAUCGGGCUAAUGGGAGGGUUCAUGUAUGCUUAUCAGAACUCGGCGGGUCGACUCAUGGGCUUUUUCCCCAAUGAUGGCGAGGUCGCUCGGUACCAGAAACGCGGGUUUUGAUUUCUCUGAUUAAUUUAGGUCAUCCAUUUGUCAUUUCCCUAUUUUGAUUCUAAAAAAUUCACGCCCUUAAUUAUGAUUUUGUGCAAUAAUCAGGGUUGAAUUACUGUCUUUACACCGCUUGUGGGAUGCGAAUGUUUGAUAAAAUUUGUUUAGUUUUUUUCGUUUAAGUGCAGUUCUUUGGAUCUAAA